CCCUGCCCCCCUCCUUGCACCCCACAAAAUGCUGGAGUCAGUCUUUCACUUCCACCACCGGCCGGGUGCCACAAAACAGCUACACGUAGUUCAACAUGUGACAUCCAUUUGCCUGAUCAAGGGCUGGACAUUGCUGCCCUGAUCUGGCUGUCACGUCACGUGGCUGGAAAAAAGAUUCGGAGAUGAAAGCACUUAAUCGACGCAGUCCCUGCCAUCGAGAUGAAGAGAAAUCAUUAUGUUGCUCCGCCUAAUUCAGACAGAUCGUUCUGAAAAACAACACUCACUAGGAAAACUAACACCACACUUGUCUCGAUCCCAGCGGUGGUAGAUGAAACUCUAACAGUGUUGUGUGUCGCACCAGACUGAUCCAUUGGCGUUGGCAUUUUGAGAUCAUCAAUUUCAUGCUUUGAUUGGGAGAUUUCUUUUUGAAGAGUUCGAAGUAUGGCAGUGCGGCUGGCGGUGACUGCAGCAUUUCUUUUCCCGUUUUUCACGCCUGUCGCCUCCGUCGACUUGACCGUCACACCGGGAGCUGUUGGUCCCGAGGUUGUGGAGGCCACCGUCCAGAGAAUCCUCCUGAGCGACAUCUUCUCGGAUGAUUUCUCGCUGCUGCGCCGCAUCGCCUUGGUAGAGACGGCGGAUGGGAAGGACUCAGCCGCGUUUGCCGGCGGUUUGGCAGGCGGCAUCUGGCGGCUGACACCGGAGGCGUUCACCAGGACCACAGAGCUGGCCGAGGGAGAUUGGGGAAGCUACUACACAGAUCUUAGGAGGAGUGCACUUGGCGUCGACUGGCGUGACGUCACAUACACGGACCUCCAGACACCUCUCAUAUCAGCCCUGGCUGCCCGCAUAUACAUCAUGAUGACGUCAACGCCGGUGGACAAGGUCGCUUACGGCCUGGCACCGCAGGCCUUGUACUGGAAGCUACAGUACAACAAGGACGGGGACGAGGCCCAGUUCAUUGCCAAGGUCACCGAGAUGGAGAAAGGACAAGUUUGUAAGAUCGGUAUCGAUGUGGUGUUUGCCCUGGACGCUUCCUUAUCCGUAGGAGACGAAGGUUUUGCCCGCAGUAAGAAUUUUGUCAAACAGGUUGUGGAGGCUUUCAACAUCGGGCCACGGGACGAUCAAACACGGGUGGGCUGCCUCCAGUUCUCUCAUGAGGUCUCCUUGGCCUUUGACCUCGACAACCAUGACAACAAAGAAGGCAUCCUGAGAGCCGUGGAUGAGAUUGCGUACAAGGGAGGAGGCACGGCCAUGGGAUCCGCCAUCGACUUCAUCCGGCAGAACAGCUUCACCGAGGAACACGGUGCCAGGCCGACGCAAUACGCUGUGCCGCGUGUGGCUGUCAUCCUGACUGACGGAAAAACCAACAAGGAGUUCCCGAUACUCUUCCCCUCUGCGUUGGCCCACCGUGAUGGGAUCACCAUUUACUGCAUCGGCGUAGGGGCCGCUGAUGACAGCGAGCUGACGGUGAUUGCUUCACGGCCCGUGGCGUCUCACGUCAUGCACGUCCUCAGCUACGCGGCCAUCGACUACCUCCAGAAUAUUAUGGCCACCAGGACAUGCAGAGAAACUACCGAAAUAGCCGUUGGCCACCCGGUCGUCACUGACUUGCAGGAAGGCGAAGCCCGCUUCAUCUCAUACGAGAUUGAUAGAACGGAGGGUGCCACGCUCAAGUUCGUGACGUCAUCCGGACUAGUCACGGUGUACCUGUCUUCAGAGGUGCCCAACCCCAACGAGGCUGUGUACGACUACAAAGUGCAAACGGACGGGCGCGUGGACCUCUUCAUAGAUCCCGCUCUACUUGGAUCCAGCAGUCGCUACAAGCGCGCAACUGGGGUCGUGACUCCGUCACACGUGACGGUCUACACGGCCAUUUACGCCCACACCAACGGCACCCAGCUCUACGUGGAGUCGAGGGGUGGCAACAAUGCAGACCAUGGGUACCCUCCUCCGGCUAGUACCGACCCGCCUGAUGGUGGAGAGCACGCCCCUUAUCGCUCCCACGCCUCGCCCGGUCCAACAGCGUCUGUCCCAGUAGCUGUUGCAGCUGUCUGCGCCACUUCCGCCAUUUUUGCUCAGUUACAAUUUUAAAUACUAUCGAUCGGUUUUAUUUCACACAAUAUGUAUUAAAAACUAAUUCACCAAAUUUCACCAUUCUUAGAAAACGCAAGUAACAUUUUGAGUUUAUUUUAACAAUCAAAUCUUUACAACAAAAUUAUGUUAACAUUAAUAGAGCCUACUGGAAGGAAAUUCUCAACAGAGAGUGAAUGCUUGCAAAAUCUUGAAUAAUGGGCAAGUUGAAAAAUUUUGUUCAUGUUAAAGUAGGAGUUGAAAAUUAAAUAGACAAAAAGUUCAAUUGAAAUGAAAGCACGUUUUGUUUGCUGCAAGAACACAUACCUCUCAAGCCUCCUUGUACUUAUUUUAUUGCAAUACUUCCAUCCAGCAGACCCUUGAUCAGCACAUAUGUAGAGAAAUGCCUACACAACGAAACUGACAAUCAAAACAGUUUCUAAUUCCUUAUAAAAUGAGGUACAAUUCGUAAAAGUUAAUUAAGUGUGAUGGGAAUGGCAUAAGGAUAAAGAUCUGGCAUGUUUAAAACUUAGUAAAUGUACAUUCCUAAGGGUGGCUUUACACCAAUGCCUGUUCAAUUUAUUUAAGCAUUAUGUCAUUGGUAAGCAAAGUGCUCAUUUAAACAAUAUUGGCUUAGUCUACUUAAAAGUUGGGAUCGUCGAUCAAUAUAUUUUAACAUCCUCACCGACUUACCAAAUGCCCCACUUCCAGCGCGUAGCUUCUUACGCAAAAAAGCAACCUCCGGCCUCAGAACAUGAAAAUAUUUUCCCGCCUGCAGUGCAUGCAUCCCAUAAUGCAACGCCAAAACAAAUAAAUGAAUUUCAUUCGUCGCCCGCGCGAAUCAAUACGUUGCGCGCGACGGCACGGUGAUGUGAAUGCACGAACACGUCUGGUGUAGUCUGCUUUAUGAAACUGUGUUCUUGCAAACGUUAAUCAAAUCCCUCAGGGGUGUACAUUUACAGCCAGUUAGCAGAGGAAAUAUGAUUCGUUCAGACAAUGACUGCAAGAGAAAAUGCAGACACUCUCUCUCUCUCAUCAGUUAGUACACGCGUACACCGCUAUUGCGUGCGCCCAAGAAAAGGCAGCAUAACAGCAAGAAUUACAUCCACAGAUUCUAUCCAUUUCCAUUAUCGUUUUGAUUUAUACACAGUAAGACAUGUCUCAUUUGACUCUAUUAAAAAAAUAUUUAUUUCAGUAUUCUACGCAUUUUGAUUAUUAAAUUUAUAUCAAAGACUUAAAAUAUACCCCCGAAAUGUAGCCAUUGUAUCUUCGAUCAUUAAAUUUAUAUCAAAGACUUAAACUACAACCCCGAAAUAUAGCCAUUGUGUCAACUGAAGGCCUAGUUUUAAAAUCCACCUCGAGAUUUAGGCUCAAACAUGCUUUGAUAAUUUGUGCAUGCACACUGAAGAAAAAUAUCUUGAAUCAUUCAAAAUGAUUAUUGAUUAUUGCGUAUUUAGGCUGUGUGAUUUGCCGGAGGAGUUCAAUUUCUUAUCAAAUUAGAAUGCACGUUUAAAGAUGAUUCUCGGAAUGAGCGAUGAUUUUUGUGUUGAUUCCUUGACAUGGUUUAUUAUCUCUGAGAUUUCUUGUAGCACAAUGUCCAGUCGCUGAAUAAAAAGAUACUGAAUGAAAUAAUCCAUAUUUGCUUGCUUCAGAGAGCCUCAUCAAGUUUAGCAAAGGAAGGAAUGUUUGACAGUUUUGCACAGUAAUCACAGAUUAAUAUUUUGUAUGUAACUGGUAAACAUUUAUGCGAUUGCAAAUUUCUACGAGAACUUUUAUUAGCAUUUGCCUUAUUCACAAGUCGGACAUAUUGAAAGCGAGGUUAACUUUAUUUUGGCACCUGAGAAUUAAAGAAGAAAGCAGAGAUGAAAUAAGACAUAAAUACAAUUAUCAAUGUCGUUCAUGCUCAUAAAUCAUUUAGAAGUAUGUGAUUUAUAUUAUAUCUAAAGGUUUUAAGCCACAUGUUAAACAAAAGUGAAAGUGAGGCAUGGAAUCCAAAAAAGUCUGGCACCUCCCCUUUAACGGAUUACAUUGUAUGAGAUAGAUUCAGAGAACAUGAUCAAAAAUGACUUCCUAGUGUAUAAGGUCAAUUUAAUUUAUAAACGUUGUAAACUUUAUAGGCUUACGUAUUUACAGAAAACUGAAGCGAGGGUGUUGUAUUCCUAGAGAGCCGUAUAGGUUGAGAAUUCACAGCAUCCCUGCUUUUGAAAACCUCCAUGUUGGUCUGGGUGAACCUUAGAUGGCAUUACCUUCUUACAAGGCCUUAACCUGAAUGUGCCCUUACUCUACAAAUUAUCCAAAUUAAUUCUUGACUAUUAUAGUCCACCAAACACCUUAUUUUUUUGUACGUAUUAUAUUUGACCAGAUCUUGUCUGAGCGGUGAAGCAUUUAUUGUCAUUGAAUAUUGUCGUGAAUCUUUGUUAUUUUCUUUCAUUCUGAUAAUUUGGCUUUUGGCAUGAAUGAUAUAGGAUAAACUUCAGGUGACUUG